AUGGGUAAGACAUUGAACUAUAUUCCCCCUGCUAUACGUGAAGGUACAUUCAUUGUGCAAAUUGAAGUAGAAGAUACAAGGGAACAGGAAAUUUACUGGAGUACAGCACUGAUUGGUAUGGAUUUCAAGUUUGACCCUGGGUGUAUGAGUGUUAUUCCUUUAUGGAUCAAAUUUUUGGGACUUCCAUUGGGGUUUUGGUCCAUAGAAGUAUUGAGCAAACUAGCUAGUGUUGUUGGGAAGCCUCUAUACACAGAUAGAAUUACUGCUAAGAUGGAGAAGGUAUCAUAUGCAAGAGUGCUUGUUGAAGCUGAUGUUUCACAUCCUUUCCCGGAUAGUUUUGAAAUGCAAACUCCAAGAGGGAUAAUCAACCAGCAAAUUGAAUAUGAUUGGAAACCUAAAUUUUAUUGUGAUUGCAUCAGAUUUGGACAUAAUUCAAAUGAAUGUUGGAUGAAGGAAAAGCUGGAAAUGGAGAAGGAGUUCAAAGAGCAACCAAAGAGGAAAAGGAAUAAGAACAAAACUAAUCUAAAAUGGCUACCAAAGGAGCAUAGGGGGAAUGAAACUAGUCAAUUAGGAGGGCAAACAGAAUUGGUAAAACAGUCUAUAGUUGAGACAGAAGGGAUGCAAACAGGAUUGGUAAAACAGUCUAUGCCAGAAGGCUGUACUCAAAUGGCAAAUGACAAAUCUGAGGAAUCAGGGCAGAAGGAUCAAAAUACUAGAACAAUUGGUAAGGGCAAGGCUGUCCAACAAGCUCCAGUUGCAUCAAUUAGCUCUAGUAACAGAUUUGGAAUAUUGCAAAUCAAUGACACAGACACAAUCCAAGGGGACGCUGGCCCUUCCAGCUUCACCCAAAAAUGA